UCUCCUCUGGUGGCCUUGUCCUCCUUCUGGCUUCGGUGCCCCAACCCAGCAGCCUCCCGAGCCUCACCGUCGCAGCGAAAGGGACUCAUCGGCCAGGGCCUCGCCCGGGUGGCCGAGGACACCGGGCGGGGCUGCGAAUCGGGUCGCCGGGCCUUCCAGCCCCAGCCUGACCGCAAACCUAGGGCGACGCUGCAAAUAGCCGCGGUUUCCAGCUGGUGCCCUGCUUCCCUCUCGGCCUUCCGGACCUUUGGGGUUUUCUCUCUCUUCUCUCCGCCCUCUCAUCUGCCCGAUGCCUCCCGCCUCGUCCACACAGUGCGCCCACCACAUCCUGCCCCAGGCACGGUGGCUCCUUCGCCAGCGAGGUGGGGAGCCUCAAGACCAGGGCUGAGGCCCAGGCUUCCUCUGUGCCUGCGAGCACUUUACCCAGUCAUUCAUGAACUACUCGCCCCACCCUAGGAGGUUUGCAGUCAGGGAAACUGAGGCUCAUAAACUCCUCACGGUCUAAGGUCAAUCUGUCUCUGCCUGCAGUGGGAAGGCCAUCUUCCAUGUCCAGGCCAUCCUGCAACCCCUAAUGGCGCUGGAAUCCAGAAUACUCCUUUGGAUCAAGCCUGACCUACCUGUUUCCGCAUGUGUAUAAUGAAGAUGGAAAAGUGGUACCUGUGAGGAAGAAUGUGUUAAGGAAGAUAAUGAAAAGCCCAAAACAAGAGGGUGGAGGUAUUGGGUGUCUUGCCCAUGGGGGCGCUGAGUAAAAAAGACAGGGUGACUUCCUGUGAUGGAAUGAACCAGGAAAUCUGCAUUUUAGCGUGUGCUGGCAUUCUGAAACAAUUCCCAUUGCAACCCACCAGAGAUUUCUGGUGAUGAAGUCAGGCACAGUGUCUUCAUCAUCUUCCCAUGCAGUCAAUAAUAGUAAUAAUAAUAGCCAGGCAUGGUGACACAUGCCUUUAAUCUCAGCACUCAGGAGGCAGAGGCAGGAGGAUCCCUGAUUUCAAGGCCAGCCUGGUCUACAGAGCGAGUUCCAGGGCAGCCAGGGCUACACAGAGAAACUCUUAUCUCAAAAAGAAACAAAAGUAACAAUACCAAUAGUUAACAGACAUUAAAUAUUUACCUUUCCAUACUCUGCUGAAUGUUCCACAUGCAUUAUGUCGCUUCAUCCUCAGCCUUGUGUUACCCAGGAGGGUCCUAUGGUUUACAGGGGUUAAGUUAUAGCCAGAGGUCACAAAGCUAUCCAACGUUGAUGCUCCAAGUGGACCCUGGGUCUCUGACCACAGGGCCCUGGUUCCAGAUUGACAGAUGACAGACAGAUGGAUGGCCAGGCAGAGGGAGGAGCUGAACAGACAGGGACUGAGCUUGGAGUUUGGAGAAAGAAGAGGGACAGGGAGGCACACGGGCUACAAGUAGAGGGGACAAGUGUGGUGCAGUGGUAGAAGGUCAUUUUGGCAAUAGUGGGACAUCACUGAGGGUUAAUGGCUGAUGUUUGGACUCAGAGGCCAUUUUCUGGCAAAUCUCAGUUCCCACUUGCAAGAAGCCUGGCUUCUUUAACGACUGGCACCUCCCAGGGCAAGCAGUGUGCUCUAAGCACACACGGAGGCUGUGGAUGGGCAGAGUGCAGAGAGAGAAGAGAUGGAGAGGGAGUGGUGGAUGGGCAGUGACAUAUUGGCCAACCUUGAGAGCGCAGGAAGGGAAGCGCCAUACAGCUCACUUCCCAUUUCCAGCGACAGAGACACUGCCCUAGGGGUUGUCCCUGGCAAGCUGCAAUCUCCAGGCCCCACAUACGAUGCCAUUGUGCACCUGUCACAGGAGGGAACUCAGCCAAAGGUGAGGCUGGCAUUGCAUCGGUGUUAAGCCUGGGGAUCAAAUGUUGGGGGUGGCUAUGGGGAGGUCUAGGCUCUUGAUGGGAUUGGCUCAAGCCGCCAGGAAGAGAGACUGUUAGUGAAGCAGACCAAAGAUGGGAUUAGCCACAGGAAGGAAGCAGAGGAGCCGGGAAGCCUGGAGAACACGGGGAGAUUUCCACCCACACGGGACUGCUGAAGGAGGUGGCAUCAGGCUGAGGGGCUUCCUGGACUCCCCGGACAGAGCAGCACUUGCUCACCAUGCUGCCCCUCCUUGCCCUGUGUCUCCUGAUUGGGCCGUCAGUGUGCAGGACAGCAGGGGACAGAGAGGAACGGACACUCGGCACAGAAGCAGAGUCCUGGGUGACCGUGAACCUGAAGGGAAUCCCUGUUGCCAGCAUUGAACUCCAGCUUCAGGAGACAAAGAGAAGCAGAACUCGCCAGUUCUAUGGCCUGAUGGGGAAGCGGGUGGAGGGGAUACGUCCGAUUCAGCCAAGGGAAAGAAUGGGGUAUCAGCUGGGACGAAUAGUGCAGGACCUCCUUGGCACGAGAGGUCUGUCCAUAGAAGGAACCUGCAGACAGGAGACACACCACCAGAGUGCAGGGGCUGGAGCAGUGGCCACAGAUGGCCUCCGGAGUCGAAGAGGAAGGCCAGACUCUCUCAAUCACCAGCAACGUGUAGCAUUCUCCCUGGGCACAGAAGAGGAUGACCAGGGUUCAGAGUGAGCCCCAAAGGACACUUCCCCAAUGAUGCCAUGCCCAUCUCUCCCUGAACAUCACAGCUGAAGAACCUCAGGCCAACAGUCCAGUGUCUUCUGUCCUCAGCUCGGGCAUUUCAUGGCAGGCCUGCACCGAACCCUGCAUUUCUUCCAGGACUCUUGACAUCAGGUGGCAAUGGCACACAAAGCAGUGUUGCCUCACAGGCUGGAGUGACCCAGCUCUCCCUUGCGCCCAAGCUCUCGUGCCUAUGUAUUACAGGGUAAGCUUCACACCAUGUAUCCUAUGCCCAACAUACAGUGGGGCUCAAUAAACGAGUGAGCAGUAACGAGUAGCUUCCUCGGCCGUAUAAGGCAGAGGGCAGGAUGUCAGAAUAGCAGAUUAAGAUUACACAGCCCAGGUCCAUCUGCA